AUGUUUCGAUCAAUAAUAGAGACAGAAACCGACUCAUCAUUAUCGCCUCCACCUUCCUCCUCAACGACCGAAGAUGAUGAUGAUUCCUCAAUUAAUUUACGCCAACAACAAAAUUUCUCGAUUUCCCCAUCGUUAACCUGUUCAGCAAGCACUUCUCCUAUAAUAGAACCCGAAACCACCGUCGAUUGUGAUGAUGAUAGCAUUCCAUCAUUGGCACAAAGAGCCUCAGAACUUCAUUUCAUGGUACAAAAAUUAAUAAAUACUCAUUUACCACAUCUUCAAUCUAAAAUUUUAAAACAACAAGAUUUUUCGAAUGAAGUAGAUGACUCUUUUAUUUAUAAAGGUGUGGGUAGAGAAUAUCAAUAUACUUAUGACGCGAUAAAAAAAAUUGUAAAUGACUCUUGGAUUUAUAAUCAUUUGGAUAUACCCCCCUAUUUUGCUGAUAUUUAUGAUACGACUGAUGGUUUCCUGGAAUGUGGA